AUGGACGAAAUCGGACUCGACCUCGAGCGAGAGGUAAGGGCCCUGCACUGCUGCAUCUUGAGAAAGCACGCCAAGCUGAGCUGCUCCGCUCGGCUCACAGGACCCUACGUUCAGUUCGGUCGUCGAAGAGAAGGCCUCUCUACUCUCGUCCCUACCGCAACAGGACCUCUACCUCAAACUCAAGAAGCUCGACCAACACCUCGAGUUCCUAUCGCUACAAGAAGAGUACAUCAAGGACGAGCAAAAGAACCUCAAGCGCGAACUGCUGCGAGCCCAAGAGGAGGUCAAGCGCAUCCAAUCCGUCCCUUUGGUCAUCGGUCAAUUCCUCGAACCGAUCGACCAACACACCGGUAUCGUCGGUAGUACGACGGGGAGCAAUUAUGUCGUUCGGAUCUUGUCAACGAUCGACCGCGAACUGUUGAAGCCGAGUAGCUCGGUCGCGUUGCAUCGUCACUCGAACGCUCUGGUCGACGUCUUACCCCCCGAGGCCGAUAGCUCGAUCGCCAUGUUGGGCAAGGACGAGAAACCCGAUGUGUAAGUCACGUUCGAUCUGAUGUGCGAGCUUGAGUUGGCUAUCGCGGGAACAAGUAAAUUGGACGUGGGGGCCGCCAGGACGAUGACGACACCCGCGCCAAACGUAGAGUGCGGUGCAGAGUAUCACGGGCUGACCACGACCACGCUUACACCCCUACAGCACCUAUGCCGAUAUUGGUGGGAUGGACAUUCAGAAGCAAGAGAUUAGCGAGGCCGUCGAGUUGCCGCUCACUCAGUUCGACCUCUAUCGACAAAUCGGUAUCGACCCACCCCGCGGUGUGUUGUUGUAUGGACCACCAGGUACGUUAUGUUCGGUGCUCGUAGAUGACUUGCAGCUUACGGAUUGAGUUUGUUCCUGCAUCUGUUCGUUGUCGUUCGCGUAGGAACGGGCAAGACGAUGUUGGUCAAGGCCGUCGCGCACCACACAACCGCGUCCUUCAUCCGCGUUGUCGGGUCCGAGUUCGUGCAAAAGUACCUGGGUGAAGGGCCGCGCAUGGUCCGCGACGUGUUCCGCAUGGCGAGGGAGAAUGCGCCGGCGAUCAUCUUCAUCGACGAGAUUGACGCGAUCGCGACCAAGCGGUUCGAUGCGCAGACCGGAGCCGAUCGCGAGGUGCAGAGGAUCUUGCUCGAACUGUUGAACCAGAUGGAUGGGUUCGAUCAAGGUUCGAACGUCAAGGUCAUCAUGGCGACGAAUAGGGCGGAUACAUUGGUUGAGUUCAUCCUUCAUGCGGCCUUGAAGGACGUGUAGCUGAUCCAGGUUGAGGGGAUGGGUUUGUCGCGUACGUUUAGGAUCCGGCUUUGCUGCGACCGGGUCGCUUGGAUCGCAAGAUCGAGUUCCCCAAUCCGUCCCGACGAGAGAAGCGCCUCAUUUUCCAGACCAUCACGAGCAAGAUGAGCUUGGGUGCCGAUGUCGAUUUGGAGGAUUGUGAGUUGCUUCGUGCGGUCGUUGACGUCCUCAUUCUCUUGCGGAGCCCAAGAGGUGGGACUUGGGCGCGACUGACUAGCACGUUAUUACUAUUACUCAAUCGUAGAUGUCUCACGACCGGACAAGUUGUCGUCGGCCGAGAUCUCGUCCAUCUGUCAAGCUGCGGGGUUGCAAGCCGUGCGGAAAAACCGGUCAGUUUUCCCCACUCCACCGAGUUCGCUUCGAUCAACGCGACGACGGUCAAGGGGUCAUCAAUGGCUCUUGUAACUCAUGCGAUGAUCAUCCUUUUUCCUUUUUCUACAGAUAUGUCAUCCUGCCGGCCGAUUUCGAGGAGGCGUGGAAGCAGGUUGUCAAGAGAACGGACGAGACGCUCGAUUUCUGUAAGUCGCAGGCGGCGAAAAUUCUUUGA